AUGAUUUUACCAUCACUGACAUCAAUCACCUUAUUAGCACUGACUGGGAUACUCGCCCAGGCAAAGCCAACCAGCAACCUCCGAACUUGGGAUGAGGCAUAUGCUAAAGCAGAACAGGUUGUCAGCAAAAUGUCUAUCGAACAAAAAGUUGGCCUCACGACCGGCAUGGGAUGGGGCAUAACCAACUGUGUGGGCAACACCUAUGCUUCCGAAGACCCGGAUUUCCCUUCACUUUGUCUCCAAGAUGGUCCGCUUGGUACACGCUAUGCUUCCAAUGCAACAGCCGGAGUGUCUGGCAUUAACGCAGCAGCCACAUUCGAUCGCAAUCUAAUGUACAAGCGUGCCGAGGUUAUUGGAAAGGAAAGUCGUGGUAAAGGUGUGCAUAUACAGCUUGGUCCUAGCGUCGAUAUGUUACGUGCUCCUAAUGGUGGUCGCGGUUGGGAAGGCUUUGGUGAAGAUCCGUAUCUGCAGGGCGUUGCUGGCGCUGAAUUUGUGAAAGGCGUACAAGACCAGAAUCUGGUGGCCACUGCCAAGCACUAUGUGUUAAACAACCAAGAAACAAACCGAACCACAUCAAACUCGGAUGUGGACGAUCGCACACUUCGUGAGAUAUAUGUAUGGCCGUACGCUCGCAUGGUGGAGGCUGGUAUCGGCUCCGUUAUGUGUAGCUACAACUACUAUGAAGAUGUUCACAUAUGCGAAAAUGAUUAUAUGUUGAACACUGUCUUAAAGAAAGAGCUAUCGUUUAGAGGCUUUGUGAUGAGCGAUUGGGGCGCAACUCACUCAACUGCUCCUUCUGCUAAUGGUGGUUUGGACAUGACCAUGCCUGGCGAUAUCAAUUACGGAGAUGGCUUGUCGUAUUUUGGUCCAAAUUUGACAAAGGCUGUUGAAAAUGGAGAAGUUACCGAAGAGCGACUUACUGACAUGGCCACCCGCAUCGCCGCAGCUCACUUUAAAGUGGGUCAAGAUAAGGACUACCCUGAAACUACACUCAGAAGCUUUGAUCGUCAAAACGAACCGGAGGUGAUUGUGACAUCCGAUGAUCACAUAAAUUUUGUUCGCGAAAUUGGUGCCGCUUCGUUGAUACUGCUUACCAAUGACGGCAUUUUACCUCUUUCCUCUAAAGAUUUCGGAAAAAUCGCUAUUGUCGGCAGUGACGCUGCACCUCCAUCCGUCGAAUGCACAGAUCUGGCCUGUAACGAUGGAACCUACGUCCAGGGCUGGGGCUCAGGAACAGUGGAUUUCCCCUACAUUAUUUCUCCCACCGAAGGCAUCACCAACCGUGCUGGCGAUUCUGUAAAAGUUGUCCACACAUAUGAUGAUUGGGAUACUGAAGCUGCCGCAGAGUUGGCAAGUGAUGCCGAUAUUGCAUUUGUAUUUGCCAAGACCGAAGCUGGUGAAGAAUAUCUCAUGGUUGAUGGAAACAAUGACCGUAAGAACUUGACCUUGUGGAACAAUGGUGAUAACUUGAUUCAAGCCGUAGCCGACGCCAAUGAAAACACCGUUGUUGUAAUCCACUCUGUGGGCCCCGUCCUCAUGCCUUGGAUUGCCCAUAAAAAUAUUAAGGCAGUCGUCUGGCCUGGUCUUCCUGGUCAAGAGACCGGAAACUCACUUGCCGAUGUUCUCUUUGGUGAUGUUAACCCAUCUGGUCGCCUGCCUUACACUAUUGCCAAGAAAGAGGAGGACUAUGGUGCUCAUAUCUCAGCAGAGUAUAAUAUCGAAUACGGCGAAAAACUCAACGUUGGUUACCGCCACUUUGAUGCCAACGAUAUUGAGCCUCUCUUUGCCUUUGGUUACGGUCUUUCUUACUCUACCUUUGACUAUGGCAAGCUCAAGGUCAACACCAAGCGUGGCAAGCGUGAUACGUUGGCUACUGCCACUGUGUUUGUUAGAAACACUGGCGAUGUCGAUGGCGCAGAAGUUGCCCAGGCUUACAUCUCUUUCCCCGAGUCUGCUGGUGAGCCACCAAAGGUACUCCGUGGUUUCGAGCGCGUGUAUUUAAAGGCUGGUCAGCAACGCAAGGUCAACUUUGAGUUCACCGAGACCGACCUCAGCAUUUAUGAUGAAGAAUCUAGCUGCUGGGUUGUUCCUGAGGGAGAAUAUACCGUUUCCAUCGGUGCAAGCAGCCGUGACAUCCGUGAAUCAGCAACCUUUGAAUUGUAA